GGUCCGCGCCUCAGUCCUUCUGUCGUGCCCUGCCGGGGACUUGCGUUCCGCACUCGGUCGCCGCGGAGAGGGACCUCGGAGAGGGAAGCGGAGGGAGGGUCGGGGAGAAGGAGCAUUAGCCUGAGGCUGGAGGAGGCUGAACUGCGUCCCCGCCCAGCCCGCGCCUAUGCGGUACUUGAAGGAUGGCGAAGAGGUCGCGCAGUGAGGAUGAGGAUGAUGACCUUCAGUAUGCUGAUCAUGAUUAUGAAGUCCCGCAACAAAAAGUGUUGAAGAAACUCUGGAAUAGAGUAAAAUGGACAAGAGAUGAGGAUGAUAAGUUAAAGAAGUUGGUUGAACAACAUGGAACUGAUGAUUGGACUCUAAUUGCUAGUCAUCUUCAAAAUCGUUCUGAUUUUCAGUGUCAGCAUCGGUGGCAGAAAGUUUUAAAUCCAGAAUUGAUAAAGGGUCCCUGGACUAAAGAGGAAGAUCAGAGGGUUAUUGAAUUAGUUCAGAAAUAUGGGCCAAAAAGAUGGUCUUUAAUUGCAAAACAUUUAAAAGGAAGAAUAGGCAAGCAGUGUAGAGAAAGAUGGCAUAAUCAUCUGAAUCCUGAGGUAAAGAAAUCUUCCUGGACAGAAGAGGAGGACAGGAUUAUCUAUGAAGCACAUAAGCGGUUGGGAAAUCGUUGGGCGGAAAUUGCCAAACUACUUCCUGGAAGGACUGAUAACUCUAUCAAAAAUCAUUGGAAUUCUACCAUGCGAAGAAAAGUGGAGCAGGAAGGCUACUUACAAGAUGGAAUAAAAUCAGAACGAUCUUCAUCUAAACUUCAACACAAACCUUGUGCGACUAUGGACCAUUUGCAAACCCAGAAUCAGUUUUACAUACCUGUUCAGAUCCCGGGCUAUCAGUAUGUGUCACCUGGAGGCAAUUGUGUAGAACAUGUUCAGCCUUCUUCUGCCUUUAUUCAGCAACCCUUUGUUGAUGAAGACCCUGAUAAGGAAAAAAAAAUAAAGGAACUUGAGUUGCUUCUUAUGUCAGCUGAGAAUGAAGUUAGAAGAAAGCGAGUUCCAUCACAACCUGGAAGCUUUUCUAGCUGGUCUGGUAGUUUCCUCAUGGAUGAUAGCAUGUCUAAUACUCUAAGCCUCGAGGAGCACACUAGUGAGUUUUACGGUCUGGAUGAAAAUCAGGCUGUGUCUGCUCAGCAGAACUCACCCACAAAGUUCCUGGCCGUGGAGGCAAACGCUGUGCUGUCCUCUCUACAGACCAUCCCAGAAUUUGCAGAGACUCUAGAACUUAUUGAAUCUGAUCCUGUAGCAUGGAGUGAUGUUACUAGCUUUGAUCUUUCUGAUGCUGCUGCUUCUCCUGUCAAGUCCACACCAGUAAAACUAAUGCGAAUUCAGCACAACGAAGGAGCCAUGGAAUGUCAAUUUAACGUCAGUCUUGUACUUGAAGGGAAAAAAAACAGUUGUAACAGUGCAGACAGUGAGGCUGUUCCUUUAACAUCUCCAAGUGUGGCUAAGUUUAGCACUCCACCAACCAUCCUCAGAAAGAAGAGAAGAAUGCGAGUGGGUCAGUCCCCAGGCAGCAACCCUGGUGAUGGCUCAUUCAAUGAUGGUGGUAAUACGGCACUAAAACACACACCGGUGAAAACACUACCAUUUUCUCCUUCACAGUUUUUCAACACGUGUCCUGGAAAUGAACAAAUUAAUAUAGAAAAUCCUUCAUUCACAUCAACCCCUAUUUGUGGGCAGAAAGUUCUCAUUACAACUCCUCUUCAUAAGGAAACAACCCCCAAAGAUCAAAAGGAAAAUGUAGGGUUUAGAACACCUACUAUUAGAAGAUCUAUAUUGGGUACCACACCAAGAACUCCCACUCCUUUUAAGAAUGCGCUUGCUGCUCAGGAGAAAAAAUAUGGCCCUCUUAAAACUGUGUCACAGCCACUUGCCUUCUUGGAAGAAGAUAUUCGGGAAGUUUUAAAAGAAGAAACUGGAACAGACAUAUUCCUCAAAGAGGAAGAUGAACCAGCUUACAAAAGCUGCAAACAAGAGCAUACUGCUUCUGUAAAGAAGGUCAGAAAAUCACUAGUCUUAGAUAAUUGGGAAAAAGAAGAACCAGCCACUCAACUAGUAACUGAAGAUCUUUCAGGCAUGCAGUCAGAAAACAUAUUUACAACAUCUUUAUUAAUGAUACCAUUAUUGGAAAUACAUGACAAUAGGUGCAACUUGACUCCUGAAAAACAAGAUAUAAAUUCAACCAACAAAACAUAUACACUUAAUAAAAAGAAACCAAAUCCUAACACUUCCAAAGUUGUCACAUUGGAAAAGAAUCUUCAGUCUUGUGAAUGGGAAACAGUGGUUUAUGGGAAGACGGAAGACCAACUUAUCAUGACGGAACAAGCAAGAAGAUAUUUGAGCACUUAUACAGCUACAGGCAGUACCUCAAGAGCUCUCAUACUGUGAUUGUUAUUAAAACGGAUGAAAUGCCCCACUUCCUUAUUAGAUUCUAUACCAAAUUAGGCUGCAAUGAAUUUUUUUUGUUGAUUAACUGUUUUUAAAGUUUUAAUACAGCCCUAAAAUGGUUUGCAUCCUUUUUCAUAUUGGGCAAGCAGAAAGCUAGGCACUUAAGUAAGGGGUAGGCAAUUUCACAGUUUAUUUUUUAAGACGUAAGAUUUUAAAAAAUUGUUUUUAAAGAACAAGAUGGGGAAAUCAUAUUAGAAUAUUCCUGGGUAUUCUAAAAGUAAAUUCUCACAUAUUUUCUUCAAAAGAUAUAUGUUGCUACUCUCCUGAUGCUGCGGUUUUGUUAUAGAUAGGUUUUAUGAGUAUGUAUGAUUUCUGAAACUAGUCUCUGUAUAGAAAGCACUCAUGGUUUUAUGAAGUACUUUUGCCUAUCUGCUGAUUUACUUAGGCUACCAUUUACAAAGAAACACAGUGGAAAGGAAUUUAAAAGAAAGAAAGUCGCACUACUAAUUUUUGGUAUUUUUCAAAAAACAGUAAAAUUAACUACAGUGUUAAAUGUAUUUAUUUGAGCAUAGUACUAAAAACAAAAGGCAUUGCAAAAAGGUUUUUUCCUUAUUAGUAAAGAGUCAGUAUUUUCUUCAUAAAUCUCAGAAGAGCUGAGAGUUUUGUUGAAUGUAUUGUACAGUAUGUAGGAGCAGGAAAACUUUGUAAAUUGGAAAGAAGUCUGUUUUUAUAAUUUAUUUUCAUUUUUAAAGCUUAAAUGUAGAUAUUUAUACCUAUACAGGGUGUCUAGAAGCCAAUGUUGUUUCCUGUUAUUACAAGCUAACAUAGUAAAGAACAGUUUUGAGUUUUAAGUAUGAAACAAUAGUAAGUUAUAGCUGCAAAGAAUACAAUAUCUAUACUGUAUGUCACAUCUACCUAAAUAUUGCACUAUGUCCUUUAAAUCAUGUUGGUUAUAUAAAGUAGUUCUAAAAAUGUACUAAAUAAUAAUUUAAUAUUUUCUUUUUAAAUUAUAUGGGGGGGUCAUAUAAUUUAAUCUGGUGAUUUGUAUAUGUGUUUGAAAUUUUUGCAUUUUGUUUAAAAAAUAAUAUGGUACUUGGUCCCUAAAAACAGUCUGCACUUAGACGUUUAUUAUAUUUACUCAAUGUUUCAGAAGUAGAGAACAUUAUCUUUUAUUUAUAAAAAUAUAUGUCCUUUUAUAAAUGUUUUGUGUUUCUCUACAGGUUACAACAGUUGCUUCAGUUGCCUGUUUUAGGUGUUUGCACUUAUUUUAUUUCUUCUUGAAAGAAUGUCUUUAUUUGCUUUUGUGUAGAGAUUUUAUGUAAUUUUUUUUGAGACAUAUAAUGGUGUGCUGUCAACUUAAACACUGACAGGUAAAUAGAAUUGUACACUGUAGUUUUAAUUAUUUGUAAUUGACACACUCUCUCCCUCUCCACUCCUGAAGUAUGCUGCUAUAGAAGAUAGCAGAAUCGGCUUGCUGCUAUGAGAGAAGGAAAGAGCAACCACCACUUGCACUGUGUGAAAAGAUAAAAAGCAAAUGAUGGCAAGUUCUCAAGUUAACUUAAUGGAAUCAACCAUUACCAGGCAAAUUCUUGCAAAUAUUAAAAUGCUAUGCCUUAAAACAAAAACAGCUUAAGAUUCUCUGAUGUUUUUAUGUUGAUAGAAAUGGAAAUACUAUUUUAAUGCCUAGCUUUUGAACAGUAGACCUAAAAGGGUUUUAAGCUAUUUAAAUCUACUUGCUCAUUUUUGCAUAUUAUAUGUAGUGAGAAGUGAAGAAAAUGUGUGGUACUAAGAUUAUGCCUUGUUGAUACAAAUAGAUGAACCAAUUUGAAUCUUCGUAGCAUGUUUGUUAAGUAUGUUGAUUGCUUCCUAAUUAGUGAACUUCUCACAGAAACUUCACUUUGUAAAACCAGUGAUUGUAGCAAAAUCAUACUGGAUCAUUUCAAUUUCAGUUAUCUUGAAUAACAUAUAAUGGUUCCUUUUUUUUUUUUUUUUUUUAUGUAGCCCUUAGCUGGUUUGGAUGAACAUAGUCUCCAAUUACCAAAGUAUAAUAUCUUGGAAGAGCUAUAUUUUUUUAAAGCAUAAUUUUUCUUGAGCAUUAAAUUAUCCCACAUGUAAUGUAUUGAAAAUCAGCUUGGGCUUUUUGGACAGAGUACAUAUUUGGGUUGGUAUUGGUUGAAUCCUCUAGUUAACUGCUUUGUUGCUUUUUGCAAGAAGAUUUCUUAAUCUUAAACAUGUCAGGCAUCUUAAAUCACCUUUUAUACUGUUAUGUUCCUUUGAAUUUCUUUCAGUAUGUUAUAAAAAUGCCGGACAUAUAUGUAGCAGCCAUACUUGCAUGGAAACUGACUACACAUAUAUAAUACCACAUUUUGUUAUAAGGUUUUCGCAUUAAUACAGCAAUUACCCUGACUAAAUUGAGUUUUUUGAUGUAUGGGAAAACUUUCCAUUGUAAGAGAAUCUUGCAUACAAUGUUGACUGUUAACAUCCAAAAUAAAACAUCUGUGUACAA